AUGUCAGAGGAGGUUGCGAUUUUGGAAGAUGUGGAAGCAAAUAACUUUUCGGUUAACCGGGCAGCCAAGGACUUUCCCAGCCUCGCAAAUCUUGAAAGCGGAUUGAAAAGUCUCGAUAAGAACGUUGUAAAGGGAAAAGUCGCCGCCUCUUGCGAGGUUCCUUUACGUUAGAAAGUUCUGAAGGGAAAUAUGUACUUGCAUUUUUUUUUCCGUACGCUUCAAAGUGUGCGAAACUCAUUCACGGAAACCUUUUAGAAAGCUUUCUCGGAAGUUUUUCCUUUUUCCGAAUGUUCAGGAAACAAAACAAAAAACAUUGAUUUGCUCGCAAAGCAUAGCCCAAAUUUACCUUUUUUUUAGAAAUGUAUUAUAUAUUUAUAAGUGAAAAAUUCCAUUUUCCAAUAGGAUUGAUGAUCACUGAAAUGUUCAAAGUCUCUUAAUAGUUUUCUCACUUAGCUUAUUUGAAUUUUUUUUAACAAUUUUUUUUUUCUAGAAACUUUUUUGCUCAUCUUCCUAUCGAUUUUAUUCAAAAAAAAGUAUAUAUCAUAAAGUUUUCAGCAGCUUCAAACUUUGUUGUCGGCUCUCGGAGCGCCAGAAAACGAUAAUGAUGGUAGUUUUUAUUGAGAGCUGCGAAAUAUAAGUAUUGUUGAAUUCUAGACUAUUCGAAUGAUAGCUUGUACUCGGACACUGACCGACUCGACGAAGAUGAGAUACAGAAAAUAAAGGUUAACGGAUGUUUGACACGGAAUUAUGGAUGAAAAAAUUCCAGGAGCGUGAUCAAAAGAAUUUUGAGUUCUUGCUAGAAAUUAGGAAGACGGUGAAAGAGGAAAAUAAAAAAGAGAGGCGUGAGAAGCGCGAAAAGGCCAAAGCAGAGAAAUUAAAGAACACUGAAAGUCGUAAAAGGCAAAUGAUUCGAGGUUAGUUGUGUGAAGGGAGAAUUUGCUGCGGAAAUUUCUGAACAUGGUAGCCCUCUUAGGAUCUUCUAAGCUCGAAAUAGUACUUUGGUUCAUUCCAGAAGCCUCUGAAAAAACUCCGGACAAGAAAAUGCGGAUGAAUUCGUCAGAAAGUACGUCACAAAAGAAACAGAGGAUAGAAUCUAAGGAAAAUACUCCAGAGAAGAAGAGGGAAUCGAGUCCUUCUGAAUUGCGAGGUUCACAGAAAAGUCCUUUAUCCGGAAAAGAUUAUUUUCAGCAAAAGUUGCGAAGGACAUAGUCUUUGAAAAGACUGAUGUUGAAAAAUCCAAGGAAAAGAAGAAGACGUCGCCUCCCAAGACGUCUUUGGACAAGGUUGUUCUUCUCGUCGUUUUUGAUCGAAAGAAGUUGCUUUGAAGUGGUUGACAGCUCGAAAAAACGAAUCAAAAGAAGCGGAAAGGCGGAAAAAUCAAUUGACACUGCCGAGAAAAGUCCAAGUCGAGAAGAAACAAAAAGGCGAAAAAACUGUUUGUUUUUCUUAUUUUCUGUUCUGUAAGCUUUUUAACAAACAUUUUUUCGAUCUUCAUUCGAAAGAGAGUUUUUUACAUUCAAUUCCAGAAGAAACCGGUUGACGAUAAGAUUUCAAGCCCGCCAAAAGGAGAAAUCUAA